UGUAGUCAAUUAUUUAUGUAAUUUUAUAUUUAUAUGAAAUAUAUUUUUUUCAGUAAUAUAAAAGUUACGUUUUAAUUUGUGUAUCAUGCUUUAAUUUGAGAUCGUAUUUUUCAUAUCGGUAACUUGCACUAACUCGUGUGUGCUAACAUAACCUAUUACUUGUAUUUAGGUAUCGGUUUAUGCAGCCGUACAUGUAUGUUUAAACGCGUUAGCGAUUUUAGUAUUCUUCAUAUUUAUUAGGAUUUAUUACAAAUCAUAAAAAUUACAUUUCUCUCCGAUAGUAUUAUUUAAUACUUUUUGUAUAAUAUUAAAAUACAAAUAUGGUUGUUUUUACUUGUAAUCAUUGCGGCGAGACUUUACAAAAACCACGUGUUGCAAAACACUAUCAAUUUCAGUGUCGUAAUAAACCUUAUUUAACAUGUGUGGAUUGUUUAAAAGAUUUUCAGAAUAUGUACAACAUACAAAAUGUAUAACUGAGGCAGAACGAUAUGGUGGUAAAAACUAUGUUCCAAAACCUACAGCUUGUAAGGGUGAACGUAAACAACAAGAAUGGCUUAAAAUUGUAAAUAAUGUACUUGAGACAAAUAAGGAUUUAUCCAAUGCAGAAAAAAGUUUUUUACAAGCUUUGUCAAAAUGUGAAAACAUUCCCAGAAAGAAAGUCAAAUUUAUCAAUUUUAUUAAUAAUGCAUUUGGAUUUAAAACAAACAAGUCAGUAGUUGAAAGUGUUUGGGCAAAAAUGGAAAAAGCUUAUCAACAGGCAGUAGAUAAUAACAUAAAGCAAGAACAAAUUGGAGAGCCUAAUAGUAAUCAUAAAAUAGAAAUUCAUACGGAAGAAGAAAAAAGUUUGAAAAAUAAUUCAGAUAAUAAUAUUGCAGAAAACCAAAAUAAUGAAAAUAUAUUCAAAGAAAGUAAGUGUGAUAAACAAGAUACAAAUAAUGGAUUGUCUGACAAUAAUCGUAUUGAGGAAUUGGAAUCUUCAAACAGAAAAAAGAAAUCUAAGAAAAGAAAACUCUCUCCAUCAAUAAGAAAUGCAGAAGAAUCUUCUAUCACUAAAAAAAAUAAUAUGGAUGAUCUGAAUGUAAUUCCAGAACCUUUAAAUGAAAGUCAAAAUGAGAAUACAUUGGAAACAACUAAAUUUAAUUGGAAAAAUACUAUUUUAAAUAUAGUAUCUGUGAAAGGUGAGAUAUCUUUAAAAAAACUGCAAAAAAGAGUACGCAUACAAUACACAAAUCAUUGUCAAGAUGAAAUAACAGAUGAAAAGUUCAUUAAUAAAUUUAAUAAGAAACUUAAUAAAAUGACUGAAAUUAUUGUAUUUGAACAAAAAAUAAGACUAGCAUAAAUAUAUAAAUUAUUGACAAUAAAAAUUUGUGUUACUAUUUGAAAUAAAAUAUGUUGAGAAACAAAAUUAUUGAGAACUGUUUGAGAAAUAGAUACAAUGUGACAAAAUCAAAAAGCAUUUUACUUUUUUUUUUACCACU